CUGCCUUCCUCUGUUUAACUCCAUCAAACAGUAACGUGUUUUCAGCUCCACUGCAGAUUUAACUAUUUAGAAGAGGGGAUUUUUUUUUUUUUUUUCUUGGACUUUAGCGUCAGAUUGACUUACAUUGUGAAGAGGAGAGUGAAGAGUAUCAUAAACUCUACCACUUCAAUCUGUGCUUUGCUGAAGAGCACAGACUUUGACUUCAUACAGUAGAUCAAAAACUUGGAUACACUUUGUGAUGGCGACCUUUGAUGAUCUCUUGGAAGAUGCAGGGACUUUCGGCCGCUGUCAGAAGCGUAUCUUCGCCUUGCUCUGCAUUGUUUCCUUCCCGUUUUCAGGUGUAUACCUGGGUAUCGUCUUCCAGGGCUACACCCCGGAUCACUGGUGUCGAAGCUCUGCGGUGGUGGAGAGGAGGCAGGAGUGUGGCUGGAGCCUGGCACACGGUCGCAGGCUGACACUGCCUCUGGUCAACAGCUCUGGAGAGCAGCAGCAGAGCAGCUGUGAGCAGUACGACGUGGACUGGAACACAACGAAGCUCACCUGCCUCACACAGGAACUGAACCUGACCAACCUUCCUGUUACCUCAUGCAAGGAUGGCUGGGAGUAUCAGUAUGAAGGCAGAAAGUCCUUUGUCACAGAGUUUAACCUGGUGUGUAAAGAUGCAUGGUUGGUGGACAUGUACCAGUCCACUCUCAAUAUGGGUUUCCUCAUUGGCAGCUUUGCUUUUGGAUAUUUUGCUGACAGGUUCGGCAGGAAGAUCAGCUUCUUGAUAUCCAACAUAUUAAAUUUUGUCGCUGGGAUUGUUCUGGCUGUGGCUCCAAACUACGUCUCCAUCCUCGUGAUGAGGAUCAUCUUCGCAUUUGGGGUCAAAGGAGGCUGGAUGGCUUCAUACGUGCUGCUCACAGAGAUCGUUGGGGUGGAGUACAGACGGACGGUGGGCAUCUUAUUUCAGAUGUUCUUCAGUGUUGGAAACAUCAUCCUCCCUCUGCUCGCCUACUUCAUCACUGACUGGCGUUGGCUACAAGUCAUCAUCUCUGCGCCCUACAUCUUUUUCCUGUCCUACUACUGGUUAAUUCCAGAGUCUCCAAGGUGGCUCAUUUCUCAGAAAAACACCUCUAAAGCUUUGGAGAUCACUGAAGCGAUAGCCAAAGAGAACAAGAUAAAACUCUCCAAGACUUUUGAGACACUGACUGAGGAUGAAGGUGACUCCCCCUCUGCUUCUCUAAUGGACCUGGUCAAAACUCCAAACAUGAGAAAACACACUUUCAUCCUUAUGUUCAACUGGUUCACCAGUGCUGUGGUGUAUCAGGGUCUAAUCAUGCGUGUGGGGAUAGCAGGAGGAAAUGUCUACAUCGACUUCCUCAUCUCAGGACUGGUGGAGUUCCCCGCUGCCUUCCUCAUCCUCUUAACCAUCGAACGAAUUGGUCGACGCCUUCCCUUCGCCUGCGCAAAUAUCGUAGCCGGAGCGUCCUGUUUCAUCACCGCCUUUAUCCCUGACAGUAUGUUCUGGUUUAAGACGGUGGUGGCCUGCAUCGGUCGGCUCGGGAUCACCAUGGCCUUUGAGAUGGUCGUGUUUGUUAACACUGAGCUCUACCCAACCUUUGUCAGGAACCUGGGAGUGUCAGUUUGUUCGACUCUCUGUGAUGUUGGAGGCAUCGUAGCUCCGUUCCUGCUCUACAGACUGGCUGUCAUCUGGCUGGAGCUGCCACUUAUCAUCUUCGGAGCGGUCGCGUUCAUCGCUGGAGGUUUGGUGUUGUUGCUGCCUGAAACCAGAGGAGUGCCUCUCCCAGACACCAUAGAUGAUAUUGAGUUUCCUAACAGGAAAAAAGAGGAUGUUGUGGAGAAGCAACAAAAGACGAAACUCCUAAACUCUGAGCUGACAAACAACAAAGAAACAACGACUGUGUGACUGUCUUUGUGUGCAUGCGUGUGUGUAGUAGACUUUCAUCACUGGGGGAUACUGUACUGUAUAUGGCCCUCUGUAAAAAGUAAGAAGUGUUUUUAAUAUAUAUUUUCCAUAAAGCAUGACUUCCCCGUU